UAAGCUAUAAUAUUCAUCAGCAUAAAGUUUCUCAGACCCGUGUGGAAAUGAGAGGAAAUGUUUCAAUGAAAAUACCCUUUGACGAUUCCUUAAACUUUAAUAUUAAUAUGGCAGUAUUAAGUAAAAUCGGAGGAUGGGUUGACCACGCAUUCGAUUACAGUGCUCAACACGCUUGCACAACUUUAAAAUCAUUUAUGGCGCAGUCCUGGUCUAAUUUUAUGAUAAGUAUGAAUAUAAGUGCAACUAAACAUUGUCCAUUGGAAAAAGGUGAGUAUAUUAUGCAUGGAUAUGAUUUAACAGAAGUGGUAAAUUAUCAUGUCCCGAAAGAGUUCUUUUACGGAACAUAUAAAGCUCGAAUAUACUACACGGAUAAAACCGGGAUGAUCGUCGGCUGUUUAACUUAUGUUAUGGAGUUUGUAAGACCAUGGGAAUACAAUUACUAAAUGCAAUUUUAACAUUUAGGCUUAGCAUCAAAACAUAGACAUUAUUGAUCAUUAUUAUCAACACAUUGCACUCUGUAAUAAUGGUGGAUAGAUAUAAAGU